CAUCUCAACACUGGAUGCAGUGUUUGGAUCCCAUCUACAGCGUCCCACACCACUACCAUUCUAUAUCCUGCAUCCCACCCCACUGCCUGCAGCAUCCCCAACCGCUGGCUGCAGUGUCUUGGAUCCCAUCUGCAGCAUCCCACACCACUGCCACCCAGAAUCCUGCAUCCCAUCUGCAGCAUCCCACACCACUGCCAUCCAGAAUCCUGCAUCCUGCACCGCUGUCUGCAGCAUCCUGUAUCCUGCCUGCAGCAUUCCACACCACUGCCACCCUGCAUCCUGCACAGCUGCCUGCAGCAUCCCUCAUCCCUGGAUGCAUCAUCCUGCAUCCCACCUGCAGAAUCCCUCACCACUGCCCUCAGCAUCCCUCAUCCCCAGAUGCAGCAUCCCACACCACUGCCUGCACCAUCCCACAUCCCUCACCACUGCCUGCACCAUCCCACACCCCUCAGCACUGCCUGCAGCAUUUGCACUGCUACCUGCAGCAUCCUGCAUUCCUGACUGUAAUAUUCCUCACCACUUCCAUCAGCUCCCCUCACCCCUGGAGCAGCAUUCCACACUGCUGCCUCUGGCAUCCCACACCCCUCACUGCAGCAUCCCACCUCCCUGGCUGCCUGGCAUGCCCCAUGGGUGCCUGCAGCAUCCCUGACCAACAUCCCAAAUGGAUCCCUGUGUCCAUGUUGCCAUGUCCAUGCUGCUGCAUCCACCCUCCACUCCAGCCCGUGCUUCCAGCGCUGGCAUCAAGGAUACCUGGGAUCAGAGCAGGAUGCUGGGGGCCUCUGGUAGGUGAGGAGGGAGGGAUCCAUCUCCCCAAGGGUGGAUCUCCCCCACUGCCUCUCCAGGCUCCUGGGACAGUGUUUGACCACCAUCAGGGUGGAAAAGGUUUCCUGAAACUGAAAUGUGGUAAAUUAAUGAUCGAUAAUUGUAGUUAUGGUCCUGGCUGGAGGGGUGGGGGUGGCUCUGAGUAUCAUCCCAUGUGGUCACUGAGUGUCAUCCCACUCUGCCUGUGGCAUCCUGACGUCUGUGACCGGAAUGGGGCCGGGUUUAGCUGCUCCCACCGUUCCAGGCUGAUCCAGGCCCAGCCCAGAUUCCAGAAGGAUGAGCUCUGGGUCAUGGUGCUGUCAUGAGGGUCCCCUGUGCCUGUUGUCCCUGUGUCCGAGGUGUGACCAAGUGUCCUCCCACCUGGGCUUCUCCAGGGCUGGAAUGUGCAGGGAAGCGGAGCUGGGAGGUGGCAGCAUCCCUCAUCCUACAACCCACCACCUUUGCCCAGCUGUCCCACUUUUCCACGGGAAACCGAGGCCGGGCAGGGGGGCUGCGGGAGCUCCCCCGGAAGGAGCUCCUGGAAGGACAGGGAAUGGUUUCUCACCCGUCCCUGAGGAAAACCGAGCUUGCUCCUGGGUCCCAGCACCGGACCAGCCGUGCCAGGACCCCCCACGAGCGCCCCGUGUCUCCCUCUU